CAUCGUUCCUGUCCCCUUCAACUUCAAGUUGCCACUUGCCACAUCCAAGAACUAUGUCUGCUCCCGAAUCCGCCCCAAAACGCCGCAGAAUUCAGCGCUCGCCCUCGCCAGAGUAUAAGCUUGACGACGUCGAAGACUACGAACCAUAUAUCCCAGUAGCUCAGAGGAAGCAAGCCAAGCUUGCGAAGCUCAAUUCAUGGGGUCCGAACGCUGACAAGGAGAAGGCUCGCCGGCUUCAGCAGGAGAAGGAGGAGCGGGAGGACGAAGAAGCUGAAGAGGAGCGUCGAAAGGAGCGGGCGAGGAAAGAGAGAACUCUGCUAAUGGAGGCGCAAGAGGUUCAUUCUAAGAAGGCUCUUGAAGAUGCUCAGAAGACCGAGUUGGAGAAGCGAGACGAAGAAGAGGCCCAAAUUCUGGCUGCUAUUGCCAGUCGAAAGAAGCUUGCCUCCGACCUGGAGCUUGCUCAAGGUGUGCAAUACACUGAGCCUCUAAAGACUUCAUGGAGACCCCCACAUUAUAUUCGCAAUAGGUCUGACGAGGAGCAAGCCAAAAUCCGCGAAAAGCAUCAAAUUAUUGUCGAGGGGCAAGACAUCCCACCACCAAUACCCUCUUUCGCCGACAUGAAACUUCCUGAACCUCUCCUCAAAUUCCUCAAGUCAAAGCGUAUCACUACCCCUACACCAAUUCAAAUCCAGGGUCUUCCUGUGGCCUUCUCUGGUCGCGACAUGAUAGGCAUUGCAUUUACGGGCUCUGGCAAAACCCUUGCAUUCUGCAUUCCCAUCAUCAUGCUCGCUCUCGAGGAAGAAUCUAAACUCGCUUUCGUCCGCGGUGAAGGCCCAGUCGGUGUCAUCCUCUGUCCCUCGCGUGAACUCGCCUCACAAACGUACGAGAAUAUUGUUCAAUGGACAGAAGCACUUUCGUCCACAGGUCAAUACCCGCGCCUCAAUACCCUACUGUGUAUGGGCGGAAUCAGCAUGGGCGAGCAGAGUCAUGUGCUGAAUAAGGGACUACAUAUCGUUGUGGCCACUCCAGGACGGUUGAUCGACAUGCUUGAGAAGAAGAAGUUCAAUUUUGAUAGUUGCAAGUAUAUGUGCAUGGACGAGGCAGACAGGAUGAUUGACCUGGGUUUCGAGGAGGACGUUCGGAACAUCAUGAGUUUCUUCAAGCGUCAACGUCAAACUCUCCUGUUCUCGGCUACCAUGCCUCGAAAAAUCCAAGACUUCGCCCAACAAUCACUCAUCAAACCCAUUCUUGUCAACGUUGGUCGUGCCGGUGCUGCCAACUUGGACGUUCUGCAAGUGGUCGAAUACGUCAAGCAGGAGGCAAAGAUGGUCUACCUCCUAGAAUGUCUGCAGAAGACUGCUCCUCCGGCUAUCAUUUUCAGUGAGAAUAAGAACGAGGUUGAUGACAUUCAAGAGUAUCUUCUUCUCAAAGGUGUCGAAGCUGUAGCCAUUCACGGAUCCAAAUCCCAAGAAGAACGUCAAUACGCCAUCAAAUCCUUCAAAUCCGGCGCCAAGGAUGUCAUGGUUGCAUCCGGUGUUGCGUCUAAAGGUCUUGACUUCAACGAUAUCCAACACGUCAUCAUCUUCUCCAUGCCCAAAGAAAUCGAAGAUUAUGUGCAUCAGAUCGGCCGUACGGGGCGUAGUGGCAAGACCGGUAUCGCGACGACAUUCGUGAACAUGAACACACCAGAACAGACCCUCUUAGAUCUCAAGUAUCUGUUGAUGGAGGCUGGCCAGAAGGUUCCUCCCUUCUUGCAAACUAUCGAAGAUCCGCGCGCAGCACAGGGCGGCGCCCUCAAGGGAUGUCCGGUCUGUGGUGGUCUCGGACACGGUAUCUCGAAUUGUCCAAAGCUGGAAGAUACACAGCGGCGGACGAUGGCUGCUCAUCGUUCGUCAGAGGGUGGAGGUGGAUAUUGAUUACUUUAUUGGUUCGGGGUCCUUUCCAUCGCCACAUUUUGUAUUUUUAUGUGCUUGUACCAUCUCCUGCUCCUUAUUUGUGGCAGUAUUCUGUCUUGACCAUUUCAAGAGUCAUCCACUCCUCUUUACAGAUCAUACAAUGAUCUCCACGAUGGUGAAUGUUUCUACAAGAAUAUUGAGCAAUAUAUU